AUGGACGAUCCAUGGGGCUCACCAUGGGCUACAGCAGAUGCACCAGCAGACCACGGACACAGCUUGACGAGAAAGAAAUCCGACCUCGAGCCUCCCAAGCGAGCCCUGCUCUCCGCCAGCAACUCGCCCCGAUUACCAGCUAUCACGGCUCCUUCGCCAUGGGCAGACGAUAAUGGAGAUGGGUUCGGAGACUGGGCUGCCCCAGAUGGGUUGGGAACACACACAACAACAACAACCGCGCAGUCGGGGUGGACAGGUGGAUGGCGGUCUCGGAGUCCAAGUCUUGCGGCCCCGUCCCGAGACAAUGGCUUCAGGUCUCGCAGUCCUAGUCUAGUCGCACCGUCGAGAGAGAACAGCUGGAGGUCUCGGAGUCCGAGUUUGAUCGCGCCGUCACGGGAUAACGGCUUCAGGUCGCGCAGCCCUAGUAUUGCUGCCUCCAUCAGGGACGAAGAAUUCGCCAAAUCCAAUCCCAUCGCCUUGCCAGACAAUAUCGCAUCUUCAAAUUCACCCAUCGCGCCCGUACUUCGACAACCGUCCCCUGAUCCGUGGGCCGCCGAAUACUCACAUACACACCACAACGAUGGCGGCAUCACUCCCCGCCUGGUGCUCAACCUACCUCAGUCUAUCACCGAAGAAGAAGACGGCGUCGGCACAGGGAAACUGCCUGAGCUGAACCCCGAUUGGGCAGAAGAGGAGGAUGCGCCCAAGGAUCAGGCAAACGAGGAAGAAAAGAACAAGCCGACUGGAGCAAAGGCAGAGAAAGAGGUGGAAUUUGCUCAGAGCGAUCCAAUACGAGUUAGCGUGGAAUCGAAUGCUGGCCGUCAACCGACUCGUUCAACCUCCCCUUCUGGCGACGAUACCGAUCAUGGAGACGAACAGCAAGACUCGCCCAUCACCUCCAUCGACGACGACUCCCGCGCAAGGCCACGCCUCAAACGAAAACCGUCUGGCAUUGUGCAGGAACUGGUGGAAAGGUUUGAUGGAAUAGCAAAAGCCAAGAACCAGGAGUCCCCGGUAAUACGACGCGCACAAAGCAAAAGCUCACUAAGUCCCCAUCAUCAGGACAUCUCGGAGGAGGCGUCGGAUUUUGGUGAUUUUGAAGAUCCUGAGGUCAAGGAAUCACCACCAAAGUCUCCAACCCCAGAACGACCAUCAACGCCAAAAGAGGUUCAGAAACCUUCUCCACAGCAUAAAUCUUCCCCCACGACAUCUCUAGCGCAGUCGAUGGGCAGCCCUCUAGGCCAUUUGAACGAAUCCGUGACCAAACUCGGCGCGUUGAAUUUAAAUAUUGACUUGUCAAAUGUAGACAAGCUAUUUGACACAUCCACCAACGUCAAACCGUUGUUUCCAUACGCCGACGUAUCGGACCACAUCAUUACUGAUAGCUUUAACAGCAUCUCAGAGCGCAAGGCCUGGUACCGCAUAUCUCGUUUCGGAUCGUCGCGCAAACACAACGUGGGAGACGACGACAACUAUAGAAGGGUCGCAUGGUCGACGUCAACUAUAUGUCAGGAGACGCUUCAGACUGUCCGUCGAUGGAUGGAGGAAGACUCCAUCGCAGGCCGUGUUUCCCUAGGUGGAGGAAUAUCCAAGACGCAAAAGAACAUGUUUGGAUGGGAUUCCUCCGCGGAGCCAGUCACUCUUGAUGCGAUUUUUGGAAAGAGAACUCCGCCUACCCGACCCUCUUCCGUCCAACCACUCCAGCCACCAAGUGCAUUUGGCCAUUUGGGUAAUUCACCCUUGGGCAACAUUACGGUCAAUUCUCUCAAACAGCAGCCGCAUCGACCAGCGAGCCUUGAGUUACCACCAGUUGCCACAUUCAGCUGGAAUAGUGGCUCCCCAGCUUCAACAGGACAACCUCCCAUGACCGCGCCCCUACCAUUGACACCAUCUCGACCAGCUCCAAGCCCUUUCAAAGUGACUCCAAUGGAUCUAGGAAUGUCUUCCAUCAGCGCAACGACAGCUGUCGAGGAUAAUGACGACGACUGGGGAGAGAUGGUAUCCUCGCCAUCCGUGGAGAAAUCUACCGUGGGCGGCUUCCCUGAUUUCAACGCACCAGUGUCAACGUUGACCCCAACUCGGGGCUCUACUCCAGCCUCAAAAACAGUCGAAUCCAUGUUCCAGUCAAGCCCGGCCCCGGUCACGGUCAUGUCCACACCUAACGCAGGAACUAAUACCACCGCUCCCGUUACAUCUCCGGCAGCGGAUCCUUGGGCGUCAGCAGACUUCUCCUUUUUCGAGACCCCUUCUCGGCAACAAACUGGUCCCACGAGGUUCUCAGCAACGCCAAGCCGUCCAUCCUCCAUGAUCGCCGCCUCUUUUACUCCAACGGCUCCUGCUUCUUCCAUUCACUCCUUCGAUUUAUCGCGAGUGGCUACUCCCAUCUCAUCCGCCUCGUCAGUUAUCGCACCCUACUCUUCCAUGACUCGAAACAAUAGUCCUGUUGCCGCGAAAGGGACGACUUCAUCGGCGAUAUCGUCGCCCAUCGCCCCUCAAAUGACACCUACCCGCCAAAUGACACCGACACUGGCGUUCGGCAGCCAGCAACAGAGCCAGCCGACAGAGGAUGAACCUACUGUCGGCUCCAUCAUUGGCGGUCUACCGGACUUGUCUUAUAUGCUGCGUUAA